AUGUCCAAGAACGUGUCAGUGGCUACCGGCGGGAUCGCGGCAACGGGAGGCGGCGGGGGCGCCCCGGCCGGGCCGAAGGCUGAAGGCGUGGACGCAAUCCAGGGAAAGCUCGCCGGAAUCCAGAUCGACGGCGGAGUCGCCGGACAGCAGCCAAACCCCAACAGCAACAACUAUUUCGGUUACGGGCCCAGCGGCGGGUUGGCGCUCGACGUCGAUGGCAGCGGCGGCGGCGGCGGCGGCGGGGCUCCCACGCAGGGCGUCGCUGCUCCCUCGAGCACCGCCGGUGGCAGCGGCGGCGUAGCGGCCGGAGGGGGCGGCGGGAGAAUGGGAGGAGGCCACGCCCCAGGCGGCACGACGGACGGCAGCGGCGUCAGCAGGAGGUUCGGCGUGCCGAUCGCGAGCAGCUCAAGGAAUGCCGGGGCCGGAGGGGCCGGUGUUGCCUUUGGUGACGACCGCAGGAGAGCUGGUGGUGCAGCCGGCGGCGGCGUGGGAGGCCGGCGGGCCGGCGGCGGGGGCGGGAGCGGGAGCGGUAUGGGCGGGGUCGCGCGCGGGAGCGGCGGCAGGGCAUCGGGCGCACGGGGGGGGUAUGAGUCGGCAGCCGCGGCCGCGGCGUCCCCGGUGCGGGGACCUGUGGACCACUCUCAGCUUCAGGUGCCACGUGUGUUGGCUGCUUAA